GGCCGAGCAACAGGCUUGGUGUCUGUUGAGUGUAGCACAUCGAUCGGGUGGAACAGUUUUCCGUUAGACAACAUUACAGUCCGAGCGUGAAGUCUAUAUUGUUUUGUCAUGGUCAGUUGUUGUUCAAUUGAGGGUAGCUAACUGACAGAAAGAUAACCAGGUUUACACCGUUUUUUUCAAAAACUAGCCACAUCUUUUUGAGGCCGUGGCAUGGAUGAAGUACGGCCUACCAGCGGUGCUCAAGCCCACGGGCUAGCGUCGCUGUUCCCCCCCGGACUGCAGGCUAUCUAUGGAGAAUGCCGGCGCCUGUACCCCGACCAGGCCAACCCGCUUCAAGUUACAGCCAUUGUUAAGUACUGGUUAGGGGGGCCAGAUCCUUUAGAUUAUAUCAGCAUGUACAGGAAUGUGGGCUGCCCAGCCCAGGACAUCCAGGAGCACUGGCACUAUGUCAGCUUUGGACUGAGUGACCUGUAUGGGGACAAUCGAGUUCACGAAUUCACAGGGACAGAGGGACCCAGUGGAUUUGGCUUUGAACUCACCUUUAGACUGAAAAGAGAAGUGGGAGAGACGGCACCACCAACCUGGCCAGCUGAACUCAUGCAAGGCUUGGCUCGCUAUGUGUUCCAGUCAGAAAACACAUUUUGCAGUGGGGACCAUGUAUCAUGGCACAGCCCACUGGACAACAGUGAGUCUCGCAUCCAGCACAUGUUACUGACAGAGGACCCACAGAUGCAACCAGUUCAAACUCCGUUUGGAUCAGUCAGCUUUCUUCAGAUUGUGGGUGUAUGUACAGAGGAGCUGCAGGCUGCCCAGCAAUGGAACGGCCAGGGCAUCUUGGAGUUGUUGCGUGGAGUCCAUGUUGCUGGUGGCCCUUGGUUGAUUACAGACAUGAGGAGGGGGGAGACCAUUUUUGACAUCGACCCACACCUACAACAGGAGAGAGUGGACCAGGGCAUUGAGACAGAAGGCUCCAACCUGAGUGGUGUCAGUGCCAAGUGUGUGUGGGACGAUCUGAGUCGGCCGCCAGAGGAUGAAGAGGACAGCAGAUCCAUCUGCAUAGGAUCACAGCCUCGGAGGCUCUCAGACAAAGACACAGAGCAGAUCAGGGAGGCCCUAAGGAAAGGACUGGAGUUCAACAGCAAGACGGCACUACCACCCAUCAACAGCCAGAGACAGAGUCAUGACAGACCUCAGAGUCGGAAGGACAGUUUGGAGAGUGAGAGCUCAGCAGCAAUUGUUCCUCAUGAAUUGGUGCGAACACGACAACUGGAGAGCGUCCAUCUGAAAUUCAACCAGGAGUCUGGCACACUGCUGCCCCUCUGUCUACGGGGCCGGUUGCUCCAUGGGAGACACUUCACUUACAAGAGCAUCAAUGGAGACACAGCCAUUACAUUUGUGUCCACAGGAGUUGAAGGGGCCUUUGCUACUGAGGAGCAUCCAUAUGCAGCCCAUGGCCCCUGGCUUCAGAUAUUGUUGACUGAAGAGUUUGUGGAGCAGAUGCUUGGAGACUUGCAGGAGCUUAACACUCGCGAAGAGACAAAGUUACCAAAAGAGUACAGUUGGCCAGAAAAGAAGCUGAAGAUCUCUGUCCUUCCAGACUCUGUCUUUGAUAAUCUGCUGCCAUGAGACAGAGACCACACACACACACACACACGCACACGCACAUACACAUACACUACUUUUCUCUAAAUACAUCCCUGUCCUGACUGAGAACACACCAACAAAAAUACACUCACACCCACUUGCAGACUAAACUAUCAUGAACGUGACACCUCCCAGGACAUCCGUGGACCCUGAACUGUCAUCGGGCUCAGAACUCUCUUGCACUCCCCUAGUGGACGACCAGAGACUGCCUCACUUAGAAAGACUUAUGAGACAAGACUAACUUGGUGACACGUUUGGAAUAUUCUGGAUUGUCCGAUACAGAGGCUCAACCUAAAGACUCUCCACUGUUGCUCCAUUCUCAGACAGGACCCAUUGUUUAUGGCAUGUCUGUGAGGUUCAAAGGCUAUGGGAAAUGUUCAGUCAACCUGAAACCUGCCUCUCCAGAUGUUUGACCUGGUGUGGCAGUCAUUAUUGGUGGCAUGCUAGCUGUAGGGCACACCAGGACGUUAUCAUUCCUCCAGUAAGGGUCCUAGAUGUAACACUAUAGAACACUAAUGGACUUAAAAAUUUGAGUUAAAAUCACUAGACAGGAAAAAACCCAGUCCCAAGCAAUAACUGGCUUGCACUUCUUAAGAAGUCUGAUAUAUUUAUUCCACUGGCCAUAGAAAAGGCAGAAAAGCCACACAUUGAAAAUUGUAAGUGUUAUUUUCAAACUAGUUUUUAUGUAUAGUAUUUUCAAAUGCUGGACAUUUCUCUUUUUAUGUGUUCAUGGUCAUACCAAAGGUAGAGCAAUUGGCACUCGACUGCCAGUGAUGCCUGUGCCUCACAUGCAUCAUAUUCUGUGAUGUCGAUGUGAUAAACUAAACUUGGCUGGGAUCAUCAGAUGAGCAUUUGAACUGUUUUCUCCUGUGUCUCUAAAAUAUUACAGGUGCAACCACCGUUUCCUCCCCUGUGCCAAGACUAUGAUUCCUCUACUGAGUAAUAUUUUUGAAUGUGUUUUAUUGCAGUUUUUUCUUAAGCCUGAUGAAGUCUGUUUUAAUGUAAUGAAAUAAUGUCAUAUGCAAGUUGAUGUUUCAAGAGGAUUUUGUUUUGCUAAGUGGAGACUGAACAAAGCAGUUGCCAAGGUCCGUUGUACAUGUUGGAACAUUUCUUAAUGAGAAUCUGUGUUCAGUGUCCUCAGUGUUGUCUCCAGUGGCCACAGAAAUAUGAAAUGUAUUUUCUGACGUGCUGUUCCCUGUCAGUAGGAUUUGUUCUAAGUGUGUUGGAGUAAAAUUCCUCAGUGCCUUGAACCAUGUAUUCUGUGGACUGUUAAUGCUGCCUACAGCUCCUGGAUUACUAAAAUAGAUCACUUUGAAUCAAGGGUGCUGUAUUCCAUGUCUUCAUCUGAUACUGUUACUGCAUUCCAUGUUUAACACCAAAACAGAGCAAAGACUAUUUCAGCUACAGUGUCCUUAACAGAAAAAGUACUCUGCCAGCGUGUUAGCAUGUCUUAUUUUGGUUCAUCUGUUUUAUUUUGGAUUUUUGUUUUUUAUUCAGAGUGACAAUGUAAAAAAAAAAAAAAAAAAAAAAGAAGUUUGGGGGGCAUUCAUACAA